GUCAAAUGUCGGCAUAUAAAUAUCCAAGGUUAUUAUUUUAUCCAAUUUAGGUAGGUAAUUUAUGUUGGCUUGGAGUUUUGUAUUUUAUAUUCGUCGUGAUAUUUAGUAUAACGCAUCGUGAUAAUUUAGUUAUGUGGAUGAAACCAGUUUCAACAAUAGUGCAACAUGCAUUAAAAACAGGAAGUGUUCGUGCGACAUCAACAAUUUUGGCAGGUGAACCAACCGAACCAAAAGUGGUUACAUCUGAAAUACCAGGACCUAAAUCGAAGCAGUUAAUUGGAGAUUUAGAUUCUGUAACGCAAAGUUCUUCUGUACAAUUUUUCGCAGAUUAUGAGAAAUCUAUUGGAAAUUACAUUACCGACGUUGAUGGUAAUUCGUAUCUGGAUGUAUUCAUGCAGAUUUCUUCCAUGCCUCUUGGAUAUAACCAUCCAGAUAUGUUGGAAGUUUUCAGAAAUGAAGAAAAUUUAAAAGCGUUAGUCAAUCGUCCUGCAUUAGGCUCAUUUCCUAAUGAAUUCUGGCCACAGAAGCUUAAAGAUGUUCUAAUGUCUAUUUCGCCGGGACUUGAUAACGUAAUGACAAUGAUGUGUGGCUCCUGCUCGAAUGAAAACGCUUACAAAUGCUUAUUUAUGACAUACAGGAAACAUCAACGAGGAGAAAAAAUUGAAUUUUCAGACGAAGAAUUGUCAUCUUGUAUGAUAAACAAGCCCCCUGGUGCACCCAACUUAUCGUUACUUUCUUUCAAAGGAGCUUUCCAUGGUAGGACUAUGGGGACUUUAUCUACUACACAUUCGAAAGCUAUACACAAGAUUGACAUACCUGCUUUUGAUUGGCCAAUUGCACCUUUUCCAAAAUAUAAAUAUCCUCUAGAAGAACAUAUUAGAGAAAACAAACAAGAAGAUGAAAAAUGUUUAGUUCGAAUAGAAGAAUUAUUUGAAGAAUUUAAUAAAAAAGGUUCCCCUGUUGCCGGUGUAAUCAUUGAACCAAUUCAAUCAGAAGGUGGCGACAAUGAAGCUUCUCCCGAAUUUUUUCAACAAUUACAGAGGACUUCCAAAAAAUAUGGUGCUGGUUUUCUAAUUGAUGAAGUGCAAACUGGUGGCGGGGCUACUGGUAAAAUGUGGUGCCAUGAACAUUUUAAUUUGGAUUCUCCGCCAGAUGUAAUGACGUUCAGUAAAAAAAUGUUGACUGGUGGAUUCUAUCAUAAUCUAGAUCAUAAGCCUAGUCAGUCGUAUAGAAUUUACAAUACGUGGAUGGGCGAUCCCAGCAAGUUACUUUUAUUAGAGGCGUUCCUGAAGGUAGUCAAAAAACAAAACCUUUUGCAUCAAGUUAAUAUUGUUGGAGAUAAACUUAAAUCUGGUUUACAUGAAUGCGAAAAAGAAUUUCCAAUUAUAAAUUCAGUGCGAGGAAGAGGUACAUUUUUAGCUGUCAACGUGGAAACAACAGCUUUGAGAGACAAAAUAGUAGGAAACCUUAAGAAGAAAGGUGUUCUUACUGGAGGAUCUGGUGAUCAAGCGAUACGAUUUAGACCUUCUUUAACAUUACAAGAACACCAUGUAGAUAUACUAUUAGACCGAUUCAGAAAAGUUCUAAAGGAACUGAAAUAAAUAAAUUUUAUAAAUACCAAUUACGUACAAGCUUACACAAGUUUCAAAAGUUGCAGAUAUUGAUUUUCCAAUUUUAUUAUAGAAAAAUAAAUAUACUACAUAUA